GAGAGAGAGACAGGCUCCAGACCAUGUUUUCGAGCUGAUGUGCAGUCAGAGGAAUGGAUAAUAGUUGUUGGAGUCCUCAUGCCAUGCUGGGCCAGAGGCUCAGCUAGACAUGUAUUUACCCAUAUCCGGGUUAGAAAGGAAAGGAAAGUUUGAUUUUCAAAACAGAUCUGGAGAAAGUUUUCAACUUAUUUAACAAAAAGAAGAAUAUUAAACAGAAUUUAAUAUAUUAUAAUCACCAUGCAACAAAAGAGAUCGUGAGCCUUUUUUCCUUUGCUCUCAAACUGGAGGAGGACGAGUUUUUUUUCCCUUUUAAUAAUAUUUAAUGAUCGGGUGUAAAAGGAAGAGAAGAAGCAGACGUGUCUGUGUCUCUGCCUGCUCCCCUCCUCGCUCUCUGACUGAUUUUCUGAGAGAUGAUGGCCGCUCAAGUAGCAGCAGCUCCGGCCAACAGUAACAGCAGUGGCAGCAGUCCCGGCCUGAGCAACCGCGACCCUGACAGCAUCAACAACGGGAAACCGGCGGCUCCGGCUCCGGCUCCGGGAGGAGGGCUCAGUGGCAACGGUGGAGAUCCCAGUGGCGGCAACUUGAACUUGAACAGCGUUGAUCAUCUCCACCAUCCUCGACAAUACCACCAUCACCAUCCCCACCAGCAGCAGCACCACCACGGUGAGGUCAACAUGGCCAACUCCUCGGGCUCCGGCCCCGACCCGGCUAAUAACAACGGCGGCGCUGCUGGAGGCUCGGCGUCGGCCUCAUCCAACCCCAACCCCAACCCCGAGCCAACGCACAAAGAACCUGCCUCGGCCUCUCCUUCCUCGGCAUCCACCUCCUCAUCUUCAGCCACCAGCGAGGUGGGGAUCAUUCCCAACCACAAGCUGAAACCCACCGGCGCCGAGUGGUUGCUUCCUCCCCAUCACCAAGAAGGAGGCGGCAGCAAAGACAACAUCUUGUUAACCGCCGACAACCAGGGCAAUAACAACACGGCCGAAGACCAACUACUGAAAAUGGGCGACCAACUGUAUGAGCACUCGGCAGCCCCAGGAUCCAAUAACCAAGCGGGCCCAGCGCCCGGCCUCCCCGAUUAUAAUAAUUAUUACCGGACAGCGGCAGCGGCAGGAACAGGUCCCGCACCUUACUUCGAUCAACAUGGUGGACGACAAAGCCCCGGGCUUGGGCUUCACCCUUCCACCAACCUGGAGCUGAGUGCCAGCCCGCUGCACAACUCACACGACAGUUACUCCAACAACUACAACCAUUACUCGGGCUACAAGCCGGCCUACAGCAGCCCCGGCUACGGCACGAUGAACUCACCCAGGGCCAACAAUAUGGGAUCCAGCACGGUCAUCAACAGCGGCCACCAACAUCACCAUCACGGCAAGCAGCAGCCGCCGCUGGCCGGGGCAUUUCAGCGUUACUCGGGCCAGAACCAGCACUCGGGGGCCACGCCAACCCUCAACCAGCUUCUGACCUCCCCCAGCCCUAUGAGGGGAUACAGUUUUCCGGACUACAGCAACCCUGGCGCUUCGCAGGCUUCGCUCAAAGGGAGCGACAUGGGCAGUCAUUACGAAGUAGGGAGCAGCCCAGCCUGGGGAGGAGGAGGAGGAGGAGGUGGCGGCGGAGCAGCGGCUGGACAAGCCCGCAGCCACCCGGGCAUGAGCCCUGGCAGCUCGGCGCAGCCUCUGGGCAGAACACAGGGCAAUCCUAUCGAACAGAUGGGUAUGAAGAGACCCCAGCUAUAUGGGAUGAACAACAACCCUUAUUCACAGCAGCAGCAUCAACAACAACAACAACAGAGUGGACCUUACCCUGGGCAAUCAUAUGGACCUCCCACACCACAGCACUAUCCAAUGAGCAUGCAGGGUAGAAAUCAAAGUAGCAUGGGAGGAAUGCAAUACCCCCAGCAACAGAUGCCCCCUCAGUAUAGUCAGCAGGGUAUGAGCGGUUACUGCCAACAGGGCCAGCAACCUUACUACAAUCAACAGCAGCAACAACAGCAGCCUUCGUACAUGCAACAGACACAACAGAGGUACCAAACGCAACAGGAUAUAUCUCAGGAAGGCUACGGAACUCGCACUGUGCCACCAUUGACACCUAGCAAGCCCAACCAUGAAGAUUUGAACUUGUUACAGCAGGAGAGACCAUCAAGUUUGCCUGAUUUAUCUGGAUCCAUUGAUGAUUUGCCAACGGGGACAGAAGGCACACUAAGUUCUGGAGUUAGUGCUUCAGGAUCCUCAAGUGGCCAAGGAGAACAGAGUAAUCCCGCGCAAUCUCCCUUCUCCCCUCAUGCUUCCCCUCACCUUUCUGGUAUCCGGGGUCCGUCCCCAUCCCCUGUUGGUUCUCCUGUUGGAAGCAACCAGUCCAGGUCUGGACCCCUCUCCCCAGCAGGUGUACCAGGCACUCAGAUACCAGCUCAACCUCCCAAUAGCCAAUCAGAUGCCAGCUCUCAUCCCGUCAUGAGUCAGUCACCUAUGUCACAGGAUCGAGGUUUUAUGCCAGGUGUGCAAAGAAACACACAAAUAUCUCAGUACGGAUCUCAGCAAACUGGGCCUCCUAUUUCUCCGCAUCCAUCACCUGGAGGACAGAUGCACCCUGGCAUGGGUCCUUACCAGCAGAGCAACUCCAGCAGCACUUAUGGUCCCCAAAGUGGGCAGCACGGACCACAAGGUAAUUAUCCCAGACCUCCAAAUUAUGGUGCUGUAUCAAAUCCCAACUACAGUGGCCCAGGUCCAGGCAUGGGUAACAGCAUGAGUAUGAAUAUGAGCAACCAGAUGCAUGGUCAGGGUCCAGUUCAGCCUUGCAGUAACAUGACAGUGGGGACGAUGCCAUCAUCAGGGAUGUCGAACUGGUUGUACUCUGGCAACAUGACUCCAAACUCUCCAAACAUGUCACAGCAGGUUGGCGCAGGAAUGGGUCCACCGAUGGCAACCAUAAAUCGCAAGGCACAGGAGGCUGCUGCUGCAGUGAUGCAGGCUGCAGCAAACUCUGCUCAAAACAGGCAAACUGGAUACAUUGGAAUGAACCAAAGUGGUAUGAUGGGCUCUAGCUCCCCCUACAGCCAGUCUGUGAAUAACAGCUCUGUAAUGAUGAACCCUCAGACUGCUACUUACAACAUGGCACCCAGCAUGGUGAACAGCUCCUCAGCUUCAAUGGGCCUCGGAACGGACAUCAUGACGCAGGGCGAUUCCAAACUGCAAGUACCUCAGAAAUUGGAAGUCAAAGAAGAAGGUCCUCCUCCAACUGAGACCAAGUCUAAGGAUAGCUACAGCUCUCAGAGUAUUUCUCAGCCCCCUACCUCAGGCAACCUUCCAAUCCUUUCCCCCAUGUCCCCAAGCUCUACUAGCAUCUCCUCAUUGCAUGGAGAUGAAAGUGAUAGCAUUAGCAGCCCAAGCUGGCCAAAGACUCCGUCAAGCCCUAAAUCAAACUCUUCCACAACUGGUGAGAAGAUAACCAAGCUGUAUGAGCUGGGGAGUGAACAGGAACGCAAGACGUGGAUAGACCGUUAUCUGUCCUUCAUGGAGGAAAGAGGAACACCAGUGGUCACUUUACCUGCUGUGGGCAAGAAGCCAUUGGACCUUUACCGACUUUACAUCUGUGUUAAGGAAAUUGGUGGUCUGGCACAGGUUAAUAAAAACAAAAAAUGGCGCGAACUGGCAACGGCCCUGAGUGUAGGCACAUCAAGCAGUGCAGCCAGCUCACUAAAGAAGCAGUACAUUCAGUACCUGUUUGCCUUUGAAUGUAAGAUUGAACGCGGAGAGGAGCCCCCUCCUGAGAUCUUCAGUUCUGCUGAAUCCAAAAAACAGCCCAAGAUACAACCGCCUUCUCCUGCAGGUUCAGGUUCCUUGCAAGGACCGCAGACGCCACAGUCUACCAGCAGCUCAGUGGCAGAAGGCGGAGAUUUGAAGCCACCAACACCUGUAUCAACACCACAUGGACAAAUGACACCUAUUCAGGGUAACAGGAACAAUGCAAUCAGUGUGCAGGAUCCCUUCUCAGAUGUUAGUGACCCAGCUUUCCAGAAAUGGGGUUCCAUGACGCCGAAUGCACCAUACCAACCAAGUAUGAAUAUGCCUGAAAUGAUGGGUCGAAUACCAUAUGAGCCCAAUAAGGAUCCCUUUGGUGGUAUGAGGAAAGUGCCUGGAAGUAAUGACCCUUUUAUGCCUCCUGGAGUAAUGCCUAACAGUGGGAUCCAGGAUCUGUACAAUCGUACUCCAUCAGGAGGAAUGGCUAACUUGAGUAUGGGUCAGCGGCAGCAGUAUGCUUACGGAUCUGGCUAUGAGAGAAGGCACGAUCCUUAUGGUCAACAGUACCCAGGGCAAGGUCCCCCUUCAGGACAGACAGCAUAUGGAAGCCAUCAGGCUGGAAUGUUUGCACAGCAACAGAAUUAUAAACGACCCAUGGAUGGCAUGUAUGGUCCCCCACCAAAACGCCAUGAGAGUGACGUAUACAACAUGCAGUAUGGCAGCCAACAGCAGGAAGUGUACAGCCAAUAUGGAAAUACUUAUUCUGGACAAGACAGGAGAUCCAUGCAAAACCAGUAUCCAUUGACAUAUAAUAGAGACAGGAUGCAAGGUCCAGGUCCAAUGCAGCAACAUGGAAUACCACCACAAAUGAUGGGAGGACCAAUGCAAGUAUCCUCCACUGAAGGGCCACAGCAGGGCAUGUGGCAAUCACGGAAUGAUAUGCCUUACCCGUACCCAAAUAGGCAAGGCCCCGGAGCACCUCCGCAGGCAUCGCCAUAUGCAGGGAUGAGUCGCACUGAUGAAAUUAUAUUACCUGAUCAGAGAAUGAACCAUGAAAGUCAAUGGCCUUCUCAUGUUAACCAGCGUCAGCCUUCGUACAUGUCUUCAGCUUCCAUGGCUCCUAUCACACGACCUUCUCAACCCUCCUAUCAGACUACUCCUUCAAUGCCAAACCACAUUUCCAGGGCUCCUAGUCCAGCUCCCUUUCAGCGGUCUCUAGAAAACCGAAUGUCACCCAACAAGUCCCCUUACAUGUCGUCCAUGAAGAUGCAGAAAGUUGGCCCUCCAGUUCCAGCCUCUCAGGUUGCUGUUCCACAACAACAACCACCCCCAGUCAGGCGGGAAAUUACAUUCCCUCCCGGUUCAGUGGAAGCAUCACAGCCAGUCUUAAAAGCAAGACGAAAACUUACCUCAAAAGACACUGGAGCCCCAGAGGCGUGGAGAGUUAUGAUGUCUCUCAGAUCUGGUCUAUUGGCUGAAAGCACUUGGGCCUUGGACACUAUCAACAUCUUACUUUAUGAUGACAGCACUGUAGCCACAUUUAACCUCUCCCAAUUAUCUGGUUUCCUGGAGCUUCUGGUAGAAUAUUUCAGAAGAUGCUUGAUAGAAAUAUUUGGAAUUUUAAAAGAGUAUGAGGUUGGAGAUCCAGGCCAGAAAGCUCUCCUUGAUCCAGGUGCAUUUAAGAAAGAUGGUGUUAACCAUACUGAGGACGAUAUUGGGAAGGAGGAAGCUGAAGAAGAAGAACUUGAUGAUGAUGACGAUGAUUAUGAUGAUGAUGACGAUUGUGAUGACAGUGACCAAGAGGAAGAGGAAGGUGGCCAGUUGGGAAGUGAAGACAGCCAAGCCAACUUUACAGCAAAUGAUUCACAAGUUGGUGAUGAAAAGCCAAAACAAGCCAGUAAAUUUGAUAGGCUGCCAUUGAAGGUUGUGAAGAAAAAAGAUCUUUUUGUAGUUGAUCGUACAAAUAAACUUGGCCGAGUUCAGGAAUUCGACAGUGGAUUGCUCCAUUGGAAAAUUGGUGGAGGUGACACAACAGAGCACAUUCAGACCCAUUUUGAGAGCAAAAUGGAAAUGCUAUCACGCAAGAGGGUGAUGGGGUGUUUAAGUGGUCCAAGUAAAGAGAAAAAAACAAAAGAACACGAGAACAAUGAAAACAUCAAUGCAGAAGAGCAGCAGGAAAAGAGUAUCACAGCCACGAUAGAUGAUGUAUUGUCAGCUCGGCCAGGAGCCCUACCAGAAGACCAUUCCAAUUGUUCAGCUUCUAAGACAGACAGCAGUAAGUUUCUCUUUGGCAUCCACCAAGCAAAAGCACACAGAAGUAUAAAAUUAUUGGAGGAUGAGCCUUGCAGCCGUGAUGAGACUCCAUUGUGCACAAUCUCUGACUGGUGGGACUCUUUGGCAAAGCGUUGUAUUUGUGUGUCAAAUAUAGUUCGUAGCUUGUCUUUUGUGCCUGGGAAUGAUGCUGAAAUGUCAAGGCACUCAGGCCUAAUACUUAUUUUGGGGAAGCUGAUUUUGCUUCAUCAUGAACAUCCAGAAAGAAAGCAAACACCGCGAACUUAUGAGAAAGAGGAAGAAGAAGACGAAGGGGUAGCCUGCAACAAAGAUGAAUGGUGGUGGGAUUGCCUUGAAGUUUUACGGGAGAACACCUUGGUUACAUUAGCCAACAUUUCUGGGCAGCUGGACCUGUCUGUAUACCCAGAAAGCAUUUGUUUGCCAAUUUUGGAUGGCUUGCUACACUGGAUGGUAUGCCCUUCAGCAGAAGCCCAGGAUCCUUUCCCAACAGUGGGACUUAAUUCAGUCCUGUCACCACAGAGACUUGUGUUGGAGACCUUAUGUAAACUCAGCAUUCAGGACAAUAAUGUGGAUCUCAUCCUGGCAACUCCCCCUUUCAGCCGUCAGGAGAAACUAUAUGCUACUUUGGUUAGGUACGUGGGUGACCGGAGAAUUUCAGUCUGCCGAGAAAUGUCCGUUGCUCUAUUGUCGAACUUUGCCCAAGGGGACACUUUGGUGGCUAGAGCUAUUGCUGUGCAAAAAGGAAGCAUCAGCAACCUGAUCGGCUUCCUUGAGGACGGCCUCACUGUGGCCCAACUUCAGCACAGUCAGCCUAAUUUGAUGCACAUGCAGCCUCCGCCCAUUGAGCCAACCAGUGUGCACAUGAUGUGUCAGGCAGCCAAGGCUUUGCUUGCCAUGGCUAGAAUAGAAGAGAACCGUUCAGAAUUUGUUUUAUAUGAGGGUCGCUUGCUAGAUAUUUCUAUAUCAUCUGUUCUGAACUCUAUGGUUGCAUCUGUCAUUUGCGAUACACUGCUCAUGAUUGGCCAGUUAUGA